AUGUGGUCGAUUCGGCCGCGUCGCAGUCCAUUCGCGUCUAUACAGCGCCGCGUUUCCACCUGCUCGAAUCCGUGUGCCUUGCGCUCUCUGUUAUGGGUUCCAACAGAAAAGCACGCGCCUUCAGACGCAGCGGUUCCCAGUCACCAGCUCCUGGUGCGCGCUGGUUUCGUGCGCAAGAGUGGUCAUGGACUCUAUGCACUUUUGCCUCUUGGACACCGAAUUAUGGCCAAGUUAGAGACCAUAAUUGACGAGGAGAUGGCCAAGAUAGGCGGAAAUCGUGUGGAUUUGACAGCGCUUACGCCUUGUGAGUUGUGGAAGCAGUCGGGACGCUGGCAAGGUCGUGGUCCGGAGCUCAUGACGUUGGAGGACCGACGUGACGAUUUGUUGGUGCUGGGGCCUACACAUGAGGAGAGCAUGACCAGUCUUGUUGCAGCGAACUACAAUGCUGCAGGUGCUAUGGAUUGUUCGUUGCGGCUGUACCAGAUUGGUCGCAAAUUUCGUGAUGAGAUACGGCCAAGGUUCGGUCUUUUGAGAGCGCGAGAGUUUGUGAUGAAGGACAUGUACUCCUUUGAUUCUACGUACGACAGUGCGUGGCAGACUUAUCAGGAUGUGACGGCGGCAUAUAACAAGAUCUUGAUCUCGAGACUGAAGCUGCCUGUUAAACGAGUGGAAGCCGAUUCGGGCACGAUUGGUGGCAAUCUGUCGCAUGAGUUCCACGUCCUGGCUGAUGUCGGUGAAGAUGCGAUUUUGUCAUGCUCGUCAUCGCUAUGUGACUAUGCAGCAAACGUUGAGAAAGCAGAGGGCAUCUUGCCGCCAUCUGACGAAUACGUGACGAAAGACUGCAGUGACGAGGUCUCGGUCGAGCUUGACGCCAUCCUUGUGCAGCUUGACAAACGGGCUCGUGCAGGGGAUGCACAAGUGUGGAAGUCCAUCUCAGAUCUUCACGAUGCUGCAGGGGCGAACGCGUUUUCGUUCGAUUUCGUGCUGGAGCAGAAGAAAAGCUCGGAUCCUGAUGCUGCUGAACACAUCGCUGACAAUGCACCGCGUCGAAUGGCUCUGUGUUUUAUGCAGCACGAUCGCACGAUGAAUGAGCUAGCUGCAAAACCGUACAUUGGCGGCAAUGUAGGUGAAGUCAUCAAAAGUAAGGUGAAGAUUAUGGAGCUGCUGGCAAAGCGUCUGCACACAACUGACUUGCAUUUGCUUCUGGACGAUUCGCUGAAACACGGCAGUCACAUGAGUCCAGCUGUCAAGGCCCUCUGCGAUGCAGCCAAAACCAUGUCUGAUCGUGAUGAUCACGUUCACCUUGCUUGGGGCCACUUUCGUCAAGCUCGAGCGGGCGACUGUUGUCCACGUUGCAAAGAUAGUGCUGCGGUGCUCGAAGCCAAACGUGGUAUCGAAGUGGGUCAUGUCUUUUAUCUUGGAAAGAAGUACUCGGAACCAUUUGGUGCAACUUUUACUGAUGCCAACAACACGAAGCACGCAUUAGAGAUGGGCUGUUAUGGUCUUGGCGUGAGUCGACUUGUUGCUGCAGCAGUCGAGGCCUCACACGACGACAAUGGUAUUGUGUGGCCCACGGAAAUAGCACCGUACAAGGUGCUCGUCAUGUCUAUUGGUGGCAAGAAGGAGAGCGAUGUCGUGUCCCGGACUGCCUGGGAAAUCGCUGGUGAACUUGCUUCCGGCACGAUAGCAGCUGGUUUAACAAGAGACGACGUGCUACUUGACGACCGCUGGCGAGAGCGUCCGGGCUCGAAGUUAGUCGAGUCGGAACUCAUUGGGUUUCCAUACCGAGUUGUUGUUGGCAAGCGCUUUGCAACGGAAGGGCUAGUCGAAGUACAGAAGCGAAGGACAAUGGCCAAGACGUUUGUGCCUCGGAACGAGGUAUCUGCAUUUUUCGCCGGUCUUGUUGCAGCAGGUACGUUUUAG